AUGAGCACGUACCUCGUCCCUCCCUAUGGAGAUUCUGUCCUCAUCAAAUUCUUUUUGUAUGCUGAGUAUCAUUGCUAUGAAACUUGCCGCCGUCUUGUGAUGGACAACGCUGUGUUACCCCUUCCCACCAGAGAGGGUCUGACACGGCUCAAAGUGGUAGAGUUGAAAGAGGAGAUGAAAGCGAUCGGCCUUAAGAGUAGUGGUCUUCGGAAGCAGGAACUCAUCGACCGUCUACUGCAAUAUUACGGUGAUGCGGCACACACUGAGUCAACUACGGGGAGUGCCUCUAGCGGUAGCUCGGGCCUGUCCAAGCGAGAGGAGCCAGUGGCAGUGGCAGAGGCUCAAGGGGGUGGGGAUGAUGGCUGGGAUGAGAGGGAGGUGCUGGAGGCGAUGAGGAUGUCUUUGGUGGAUAGUCGUCCACAUGAGAUCCACUCUGUGUCCAGUACAGUUGACGUGGUAGAGCUACAGGACUCCUCACAAGGCUCGCCCAUUAGUGGUUACGUGGAUGACCCUCCCCCUGAUUCGGGAGAGCCUUCCCCUGAAACGGGAGAGUCUUCCUCUGAGUCAAGUGGGCCUUCCCCUGAGUCGAGUGGGCCUUCCCCUGAGUCGAGUGGGCCUUCCCCAGAGUCGAGUGGGCCUUCCCCAGAGUGGAGUGGGCCUUCCCCAGAGUCGAGUGGGCCUUCUCCUGGUUUGGAUGACCCUUCCUUCGAUUCCAGUGGGCAUUCUUCUAAUUUGGAUGGGUCCAUCGCUGACGUGCAAGAGCCUGCAGCCAAGAAAGCCAAGACUGCCGUGAAAAUAUGUCCUAUAUUCAUACAAGCCCUGGGGGUCAGGCAUCAUCAACAACAGCAGGAUCUUACAGUGGGAAGUAGUAUGGUAGAGUGCCCCUUAUGUGAGGACAAGGGCGUUUACGUUGUGCAUGGUACGGGGCAAGAACAGGCCUGUCGGAUGUGCAGGAAGGAGGAGAUCGCGGAGGAAGAGGCUGAGUCGUCCACUGUGAUGGUAGCGAAUAUUAAAAUAGAGGAGGGGGUUGCUCAACCCGAGAAGCCACGAGAGCGACUCGAUUUAACGGACUUCUCACGAGAUCAUUUGGGCGAGUUGGCAUGCCUCGUGCGUGACAAGGGGUUCGAUAUAGUUGAGGCGGCUGAGGCCAUGCGGAAGAAUGACUAUGUGCUCUACAAUGCGACAAAAGCUCUGACUGCAGCCAAGGAGCUCGCGGAAGAGAAUCUCGCCAGGAAUCAGGCCGCGGAGGAAUCCCUGGCCACCAGGGAUGUUGAGAAAAAGAGACGAUCCAAGUCGGAGAAGGAUGCCUUUCUGGAGGGGGGUAUUGAGUUCUUGGACAUGUCCCAGGCUUUAGCAGGUCCCGAUCUUUGGGAGCAUCUGGAAGCCGUGGUAGACUUCCUCCUUGACAACCGCAUGGCGAGGCUCGCUCUGUUCAUGUAUCUCCAAGAGAGGAAGAGGGCUAUUGCCUGGUACAAGGUCCCCGCCAAGACCUACUUCGUAGCCAACAUGCCUAUAGUAUCUUCUAUUGGUGAUUUCCUUACCUCUAUCACUGAGGAAACCAACAAAAUAAAGGAGGCUAUGUAUGAUUUACCAAAAUGCGGCGGAGCGACGCCUGCACUUUUCCGCCAAUUUGAGGAUGCACCGUCAAGGAUUGAAGAUGUUGCUGUGGUGGAGACGGAUGCUGACUCGUGUAAUAUGUCACUAGUUGAAUUAGAUGUUGAAAAUGAUGAUGAUUAGCAC